GAGAGAGCGAGAGAGAGAGAGAGAGAGAGAGAGAGAGAGGGAAGCGAAGUAAGUGGAGAGGGUUGCCGCUGCGCACAAACAGAGAUUUGAUCUGUGAGUUCGGUGCUAGUCAGUUUGCACUAAGCCACCUACUGCAAACAAGGCUGCGUCUAAACAUAUACCUCUACAACUUGUUGAAUCGGCUUAAUAAUAUAGAAACUUUGUCAGGGAAAAGUUUAGGAACUUUUGAGUGGGACUGGAUACGACCUUGGACUUAUUCAUGACAACAUUCAAGUGAAACAUUAUUUUUUGAUGUAUGUUUUGAACAAUUUUGUUUUAUUUAUUAUACCGGCAUAUUCACGUUAAUGUGAAUCCCUGCCAAAUAAUCGCAUUUGAAUAGACUGAAAAUAACAUCUACAUAGGGGGAACAACUUAUUUUUUAAAUACAUUUUUACUUUUCAUUUCCAGGUGAACGAAGGUAACGAAGAACUGUGGAUUAAACAAAGCAGGAAUUCGGACAGAUUUUUUCUUACUUGACUUGAAUCGGUUCACUCCGGUGUAUAUGAACGUUUGCUAAAAAGCUAUGGAAGUAUCCGCGGACCAACCCAGAUGGAUGAGCCAUCACCACCCAUCGGUGCUAAACGAACAGCAUCCCGGCUCGCAUCACCCGGGCCUCGGCCACUCGUACAUGGACCCCUCGCAGUAUCCCCUUGCCGACGAUGUGGAUGUACUGUUUAAUAUCGACUCACAGGGCAACCACGUAUCUCCAUACUAUGGGAACUCAGUCAGAGCCGUCCAGAGGUACCCACCUCCUCCACAUAGUAGUCAGGUGUGUCGCCCCUCUCUGCUGCACGGCUCUCUGCCGUGGCUGGACGGAAGCAAAGCGAUGCAGCACCACAGCACUUCCCCGUGGAACCUGAGUCCUUUCCAGAAGAGCUCACUGCACCACGGUUCCCCGGCAGGUCUCUCUGUCUACCCUUCGGCGUCCUCCUCCUCCCUGUCCGGGGGCCACUCCAGCCCGCACCUCUUCACCUUUCCCCCCACUCCUCCGAAAGACGUGUCCCCGGACCCAGGCAUCUCCACUCCGGGCUCAAGCAGCAACAGUCGCCAACAGGAGGAGAAAGAGUGCAUAAAGUACCAGGUGUCCCUGGCCGAGAGCAUGAAACUGGAGUCUCACAGCCGGAGCAUGGCAUCAAUUGGAGCGCAAUCAUCCGCUCACCAUCAUCACCCCAUCGCCACAUACCCAUCCUAUGUCCCCGAAUACGGCCCAGGCCUCUUCCCGCCAAGUAGCCUGAUAGGUGGGUCAUCUUCUAGUUAUGGUUCCAAAACAAGACCAAAAACAAGGUCAUGUUCAGAAGGUAGAGAGUGCGUUAACUGUGGAGCUACGUCGACCCCGCUCUGGAGGCGGGAUGGCACUGGUCACUAUUUGUGUAACGCCUGCGGACUCUAUCACAAGAUGAACGGGCAGAAUCGGCCCCUCAUCAAACCCAAGCGACGACUGUCUGCAGCAAGACGCGCAGGAACAUCAUGUGCAAACUGUCAAACGAGCACGACAACACUGUGGCGAAGAAACGCCAACGGGGACCCCGUGUGUAACGCUUGCGGUCUAUACUACAAACUGCACAAUAUCAACCGACCUCUCACCAUGAAGAAGGAGGGCAUUCAGACCAGGAACAGGAAGAUGUCCAGCAAGUCGAAGAAGAGCAAAAAGUCCCACGACAGCAUGGACGACUUCUCCAAGAGCCUGAUGGAGAAGAGCAACUCGUUCAGCCCCGCCGCUCUGUCCCGCCACAUGUCCUCCUUCCCCCCCUUCUCACACUCCGGCCACAUGCUGUCCACCCCCACGCCCAUGCACCCCUCCUCCUUCGCCCCUCACCCCCACUCCAGUAUGGUCUCUGCCAUGGGCUAGAAGACCCCAACGGUACCACCCACCUCCCAGAACCCCUCAAUCAACAACCAACCCCCCCCCAUCCUCUUACUCCCAGUUCUUUUCGCUUACCUGAAUCCCAAGCUGAAAGACAACCAAACUGCUCUCUGCUACCCAUAACCAACCGCUCUGCUCCAUCACCAAGCCGCCUAUGAUCUGACCUCAUUGUGAGGGAGACAGGCUCUAUGGGUCCUUGCUUUUGUUCAGUUGUCUCUUUUUUAAUCUUUAUCAAGUGUAUCUACUGCGAUCCUCAAAGCCUGGCAGACUGACUUCACUGACUGUGGUUUUCCGACUCCUCGGAAGACCGUUGUUGUUCUCCGACCUGGGAGAAAAGAUCCUGAAGCUUCACCCACUCACUGACUGUCCUCCCAGCUGAUAACCCCCAAUUCCGGAAUCCCAUUUGUGUUCAAACAUGUUUCAUGGGAAAAGCAAAGAUUAUUAACAAUCAUUACAAAAGCUACAACUUUUAUGAUGCCCCCCUCCCCUCCCCACCCUACUUCACACACCUGUAUGACAGGACCCCCCCCCCCCCACCCCCCCCC